AUGUCUCAUGGCAGCGCAAUAGGUCAAUCACGGCGCUGGCUCUUCAAACUGGAGACUGCCCUCGACAAGGCAGUAGAAGAAGAAGCGGUCCUGCCGAUGAUGACCAUUCUAUCAGCCCAGAGUACUGGAGCUAUCUUCGAUUGGGCGAUUACGUUCAAUCGGCAUUGGAUGUCAUGGUUCGUGUAUGCAUCGAUCUGCACCCAUCCAAUCAGGCUGAUGUCUCAGCUGAUCCAGCUGUCGCUUAAUGGCAUUUCUGCCACCCUCGUGAACGCUGCAGUGAUCACGGAAUUUGGGGCGUCAUGUAUGACGUUCUUCGUAACGACGUACGCCCUGCUGUUGUGGGCGACAUCACCUCAAGACCGACCAGCUUACGUCCCAAAACGAAAAAGAGGAUGCAAGCCAUUUAUCAGGAAGCUUCGAAGAGCCUCUAGAGAUGUCAGUAGAGUCCUGUUGGACGUGGCAGCCCGAGCGAUCGGGGCGAUAGCGUUGAUCAUGUCGCUGAACGAAUUGGCAACAAUCACCAGUGCCGGAGUACCGGACUGCGAAGACAAGAAGUCAGAAACAAAUGAAGACGAAACACCCAAAGGAAAGGGGCGAUCGUCCACGGCCACGGAGCACGCACCUGUCAUGAUGUGGGACCUACCGACUCCUCGUGACGCGUCCCAACCAACCACGUUCCAGCUCUUCAUGAGAUUCCUGCAUGCGCUGAAGGCAGGAAUCAGGAUAGCUACCGAUGAGGGCAGCCCGAUGGUGGCUUACAGCCUCGUGAUGCUGUCGCUCAACGGCACAACAAAUGGAGCAGCGGACGACCAUCAGUAUGACACGGACUCAGUCCUGAUUGCCAUUGACAAUUGCUCAUCCCGUUGCAUCACUAACUGUAUGUGCGACUUCGUUGAUACUCCAGUGAAAGUGAGAGUGUCAGUGCAAGAUAUCGGAGGAUCAGUCACAGCCACGUACAAGGGAACGGUCAAGUGGACCAUCGAGGAUGAACAAGGCAGAGCCCAUCAUUUUCUCAUCCCAGACACGUAUUUUAACACAGCAACACCAUACAGGUUGCUGUCCCCACAGCAUUGGGCGAGAGUCGCAAACGAAAACCACCCAGAACAGAGAGGAACGUGGUGUGCCACGUACGAAGACGCAGUUGAGCUGUUUUGGAAGCAGAGACAGUUCAAGAGAGUGAUCAAGCUCUCGGCAUCCAGCAACAUUGCACUCGUCAGGAGUGCUCCAGCAUUCACCAAGCUGCACACGUUCUGUUCCGAGGUUCGAGAGGAGAUGGGAAAGCUCCCAAUCGAUGAGUUUGAGCUACUGGCAAUGCCAGCAGCCACAAUUUCGGAUGAGGAAUCAGGCGAUGACUCAUCCGUGCAGUCGGUAGAAUCAAGACUGCAUCCAGAUCUGCCUCCAGACGCCGUUGAUCAGCAACAGAGAAGCGAAGAAUUCCAGGAGAACGUGACUCACACAUUCAGAAUGAAGAAGGACCUUCACAAGAUCGAGGUGGAGCCUGUUGCCGACGACCGGUAUCUCAAGUACCGAACCGACCAAGCAGACAUCCUAGCUUGGCACUACCGUCUGGGGCAUCUCUCUUUUGAGAGAAUCAGAAAGCUGGCAGAACGCGGGGAUCUUCCGUCAAAGCUGGCGUCCGCAAGAGCCCCAAAGUGCUCAAGUUGUAUGUUUGGAAAGGCCACAAGACGGCCAUGGAGGGCUCGCACGCCCAGCAACCAAGCGCUGCCUCUGUCAGCGGACGCUCCAGGUGCAAUAGUGGGAGUCGAUCAGAUGAUCUUGCCAACACCAGGGUUUAUUGAUCUCGAAGUCUGCUGA